CCUCGUGGGCUGGCGGGCGGUGGGGCCGGGCUCUUGGGGACCUGCCGGGCCCAGCGACUCCUGGGCGACACCUUGCAUGGAGGGGGAAACAGCUGAGGCCCGGAGACGGCAGGCGUGUCUGUGCCGGGAUCAGGACUCAGAUCCUGACGAGGCAGGAACGGGCCCUUCGUUCCCUCACCACAUAUGUGAGUAAAUACCAAAGCGGGCUGGAGACUCUGCCGGACCAGGGGUCCCGGCUCAGCCACACGCCCUCUCUGUGACCUUGGGCCAGUGAGUCACCUUUCUGUGCCCCAGCUGCCUCAACUGGAAAAGACGGGGUGUGCGGAUUUAAGGAGCUCGUGAGGGAGCCUCUCAGCCAGUGUCUGACGCCCGUGGUCCCAGCAGUGGGAUCCCAUUGGGGUUUGAGAAACCGACCCGCCAAGCACCUCGCGUCUCCCGUUUGCAGACAUUGUCACCUGACCCGGGUCUCCCUGUGAGUUAGGCUGCCAUCCCAGUUUGCGGGACCUGGAGGGCUGGAGACGGAGCUGGCCCUCCAGGAAGAAGCACACACCUAAGUGGGACCCCCUCCCGCCGCCAGCCGCCGGGGAGUCGGCUUCUGGAAGGCCAGCUGCUCACAGCGCUGGCGGGGCGUGGGGACCAGGGCUCAGAACCGCUUAGGAGAAGCACACAGGCCCCAGAGAUAGCAACCCCUGCUGGCAACAUCCUUCAACAAAAACCCUCCCUUCCGCUGUGCGUGAAUAUUCCUCCCAGAUCUUUAACGUGAGAAAUUUUAAACCUACAGAAAAUACCCUCUUUCCCCUGAACUGUGUAGGAGUAAAUCAGGCUCAGACUUCCAGGGAGGGGCAUGGCCGGGUUUUCAGCGUCGGGAUGGAGCAUGUGAGACCCCUCCCCGCAGCCACGGCUCAGAAUCUACGGGAGCCAGAGUGACCCCGCCCCUCAGACGCACAGGGGCGUGGCCUUCUCGCCCAAAGUUCAACGUAGGGCGUGACCCCGCCCCUCAGACGCACAGGGGCGUGGCCUUCUCACCCAAGGUUCAACGAAGGGCCUUGACAAACGGUGGCCCCAGGCGCCGACUCUGCAAGUUAAGUGUCGAUUCUCGGCCCUCACCUGGCACCCCCCCACCCCACCCCCACCCCCGGACCUGGGUCAUCCAAAGGUGACCUGCCCACACACACCUGGUAGCGCAGGGACUCUGCUCUGUUGUAGUUACACCGGCUGGCAGGCUCCUCCCCGCCCUCCUCGGGUCCCCCGGCGGCUGUCAGGGCCUCUCCCCCCUCACAAAGCCGCUGUUCUUGGAAGGAGCCAUUCGGAUCAUUUGGGAAGACGUCCCUGAGCAACUGAAAGGCAGCUUGGAGAAGGGAGGGGAGGCCCCCGGAGGGGACCGGGAGGGGAGGGGAAGCGUUCGUGAAAUGGGCCAGAUAUUCCCGCCGGCACGAGGCGUGUAGGCUUCAGGUGGGGGUGUUGGCAGACCCAGCCUGCCCAGCGCUCUCGGGGUGCCUGGGACAUUAACUCUACGUAGUGACCUGUGCAGAGCUACAUGGAACAUUACUGCAACAACUCCACGGACCGGCGCAUUCUGCUCAUGUUCCUGGACAUCUGCACAGAGCUAAACAGGCUGUGCCAGAACUUCGAGGCCCUGCACUCUGGCACCCCGGUCACCAACAACCUGCUCGAGAAGUGCAAAUCCCUGGUUAGCCAAAGCAAUGACCUAAGCAGCCUGCGAGUGAAGUACCCUCACGAUGUGGUGAACCACCUCAGCUGUGACGAGGCUAGGAACCACUACGGAGGCAUCGUCAGCCUCAUCCCCAUGGUCCUAGACUUGAUGAAAGAAUGGAUCGCCCACUCGGAGAAGCUGCCCCGCAAAGCUGUGCAGCACGUGAGUGAGCCCCAGGCACGCCAGGAAGCCACCGCAGCAGCCGCUCCGCCUUCCCGGACCAUGAGCACCCAGUCUUGGUUAAGAAAACACCAACUUAGGCAACUUACAAAAGACAGCCCCAAACCAAGGGGGAAAGACAAAGGAUGUCCAAAACCUCCCUGGAGACCACCUGGUGGGAAGCUGUAACUCAGAGCUGGCGCCCUGCUGAGCCCCGCGUGGGGGGGGGGGGGUUGCCGACUCUUCACUUGGGCUCCGGUCAUGGCAACUGAUGAACCCCAAAGGGGACUGCCCAAUAUACCACUGAGAACCUGUCUCCCUCUCGCUCACUUUUAACUUCUCACCGCUCCACGCCUCUGGGCUUCAGGCUCUGCGCCCACUUCCAGUGUUGCCGGGAGAGGCUGGUGAGAGCAGGGGAACUGGCCCGCCUAGGCGCUCCGGGAGCUCCAGGCCAGCGCCCUGCCAGGCCCGCCUCUCCAGGCAGAGCCACCAAGCGGGAGGCCACAGGGCUCCUUUCCCGCCGCUGCGGCCACUGUAGGGUCCCUCCGUCCGCCAGGAUGCUGGGGGCCGGCGCGGUAAACUUCCUCGGUGUCAUUAGGUGUCUGGACCCAAGGGGGAACGAACCUGCCUCUGCUCUCCUUUACUUGGGGGAGGGAGGCCAUGAGAGGGGCCGGAAGGACUCUGCGGCUCCCAAGUAAGACAGUCCCCUGGUUUCCGGGGCGCAGUCAAGGCCCUGACGUCGUAGCCUGUGUCUCUGGCCUCCGAGCUGCUGGAAGUACUGUCUGACUGUUGGUUUUUCCCUUCGCAGGGGGCGACUUAGAUUCUGUAUUCUUGCUUCCUCGGGGGCGACCGUCAAGAAUAAAAAAUGUUCUCCCACCUG